UUCUGGGACGGACAAAUUAUAUUCGAGGAAAAUAAUUUGCGCUAUGAUUCUCCCCCAAAAUACCAUGUUAAGUUUCCACUUGACUUAAAAUUCUCAAAACUACUCCAAGCCUUGUAUAAUAGAGUACAAGUUAGUAGAAGUGAUUUUGAUCUAAAUAUAAUUGGAAAAUAUCCAAUGUCAUUUACGACGCAAGGUGUAACUAGUUAUGGACAGUGGUACAUUCAAGACGAUGGUUCUUUGACCGAUUAUUUGAAGGCGCCUUAUGAUUAUAGGCAAUGCAUAACUUUAAACGUUCUUGAAAUGUAUAUAGAGAAGGUCCCCAUUAAUCGACUUGAAUUCAUGGCUAGGGCUCCUCGGGAAGCCCGAAAUAGACCUCGUCGAGAAGCCCCGUCUAUAAUUCAGGCCGAAGUCACUCAAGCGGAACCUACUUAUCAACACAAUUACCCUGACAUGAGUACUUAUGAAAACAUUUUGACUAGCCAAAUGCCUUUGGAUAGUUUAAGUCAGCAAUUUGAUGGGCAGUGGUAAAUAUUCAUUUUUUACAAUAUUAUUAUUAUUAUUAUUAUUAUUAUUAUUAUUAUUAUUAUUAUUAUUAUUAUUAUUAUUAUGUGUAGUGGCACUUGAAUGCUACUAAUGAUGUCGAUUAUAUUAUUUAGGGGUUAUACACCUGAUAUGGAUCAUAUCGGACGGUCUCCUCAAUCGGGAUGGAUGAAUCAGGUUGGAACAUCCUCAGCCUAUCCAACAACUCAAAGCGAUGGUCCUUCCUCAAGUUUCGGUGCAGUUGAUUACUAUCGGGAGAAUGUGGUGGUUGCACCAAAUUAUAGGCAAAGACCUGCUAUGGAUGGUCCGGAUUAUCCGAAUUAUAUAGUGACAUCAUCCAGCGAUAGUGAGGAAAUACCUAAUGCGGAGGAAAGUGACGAUGAGAUUGAGGUUGGAACUAAUCCUCAAUAUCAAGUAGAACUGUUGCAAGACAUGAUGAACAGUUCGGCACACCAGGAGGAACUGAAUUCAUAGCAACCAUUUGAACAGCAAGAGUCAACUCCGGUUCAGCCGCAAAGCCAAUUUCAACAGCAAGAGUCGACCCCGAUUCAGUGGCAUUUCGAU